AUGCCCUUCUUCAUCGACUACUACACGAAUACCUUGUGCCCCGGCAUGGUCCUGGUCGACGGUCCCGGCAACCCCUUCCGCCGACAGAUCAUGCAGCUUGCCGCUGAGAGCCCCAGCCUCCAGCACGCCAUCUGCGCCCUAUCCGCCUGCAACCUGAGGAUGAGAACCAAGCUCAGCCUGGGGCAGGAUCCCCGUGAGCUGUCCGCGGAGCUGCGCGCCGAGAGGAAGGCUGCUGCCGAGUCGGCAGCAGCGUCCUCCGAUGGCCAAGACGCCCAGGCCCUCGACGAGAGGACGCCCCUGUCUGAGGAGAGCGAGCACCGCAACCUUGCCAUCCGCCUCCUCAACCGGCAGCUCAACGACCCUGCCAAGUCGAGCGACGACUCAACCCUCGCCACCAUCCUCCUCCUCUCCCACUGCCGCAUGGCUGAGUCAGGCAUCGCCAAGUUCCACACCCAGUUUGCCGGCGUCAAGAGGAUCAUGGCUAUCCGAUCAUCGCGGCAGAUGACGCGCCGUGAGCCUUCAUGGAUGGAGGCCGUAUUCGCCCACUUUGACGCCAUCUCGGCGAGCGUCAACGACCGCGAAGCACAGCUCUCCGUCCCGCUCGCUCAGCUUGCCGGCGGCGAUAAUAUGCUGCCCGCCGGCGUCGAGAAUCUCAUCGGCUGCGACGGCGAGCUCUUCAAGACCAUCUCGAGGCUGGGGCGCCUCAACCUCCUCUCUCAACACCGCCCCGUCCAGGUACGCGGGAUGGCACCAGCCGAGGCGGCGCCGAGCCAGGCAGCCGAUGUCCACGCCCACGGCAGGCUCGACGGCAACGGGUCCGGAUCCUCACCCGACGAGGCCGACGUCGUGGCGUCCGCGACCCGGUAUGCGGGCGUGUACGACGUGCGGCGCUCGGCUUUUUGGAAGGAAUGGAAGGAGAUCCGUGAAGCCCUGCGGCGGUGGAAGUUUGACGGAGAGACGGUGUCGGCUAACCUCCCCGAGGCGCCCACGCCGAAGCAGGUGCGCGACCUGGGCUCCGUAUCCGAAGCGUUUCGGCACGCCGCCCUCCUCUACACAGAGCGCCUGUCCAGCCCCAUGCUCCCCUCCAGCCACUCCAACUUUCAGAACCUGGUCAGCCAGGUCAUCCGCUACACCACCAGCCUGGAGGCGGGCAGCUCCGCCGAGAAGUUCCUCCUGUGGCCGCUCUUCGUCGCCGGGUCCGAGUGCGUCGAUGAGCUGCAGCAGAGCAUCGUGCGCUCCAAGUGUCGGGGCAUGAUGGCCCGGUCAGGGUACAUGAAUAACCUGGCUGCCUUGCAGGUUCUGGAGGAGCUGUGGGCUACGGAGUUGAAAGGGGAGGAUGCGCGGGUGAGGACUGUCGGGCGGAGAAGCCCGUUCAACUGGUCGAGAUACAUCAGUGGUGGUGAUGUUGAAUGGAUCAUGUUCUAA